AUGUCAGUUACCGUGAAAAAUGGUAACUCUUUGUUUUUGAUCAACUAUGUCACCCAGAUCCUCUGCUUUGUCGUUGUGACACCGCUGGUAUGGUUGCGGAUCUUUGUUCGGUGGCGGUUGAAGCACGCCCUUGGAUAUGACGAUGCGGCAUGUGUUAUCGGAUGGGUGUUAUUUAUGGGAUAUUGUGCAAAUGCCUUGAUAUAUGGAUUCUCGGGGUGCACCAUACCACCCUCGGAGUUGAGAAAUGAUGAGUUUGAGCAAUGCAUUAAGCUCAUCAGCUCGAAGGUUUCCUAUGUGGCAACCGCCAUUUAUGCACCCACGGCUCUUUUCGUCAAGAGCAGCCUAAUCUAUGUUCUAAUAAGGGUGUUUCAACCAUUUUAUACAGGCAUGAUAGCCUUGUACUGUCUUCUUGGUGUGACUGUCGGUUACUACGUCAUAAUCACUUUCAUCAAAAUCUUCAUCUGCAACCCCGUCUCGGCCUAUUGGCGACAAUCCGAAAGCGAAAAUGCGACGUGCUUGAGCCAGCCCGGAGUCAUUAUCGCAGAUUCUAUCAUCAGCUUUCUGACUGACAUUGCCAUUUUCGCCUUCCCAGUUGCCCUGACCUGGACCUUGCAAAUGCCUAUUUGGAAGAAGAUCCGUGUUGUUUUUCUUCUCGGCCUUGGAGGCAUCGCCGUUGCUUUCAGCCUCUUCCGACUCGUCAUCGGUGUCCAUGAGAAGAAUAGACCCCACCAAACGACGAUGUAUAUGAAAUCUAUCUUAACAGCAAACGCGGAGAUUGGUUUCGGUCUUGUUUGUGCUUGUCUCCCAGCCCUGAAUGUUCUUACAACGCACAACAAACAACGUGCGCCCGAGGCAAAAGGAAUCUUCACUCGUCGCAAGAAAAAUGCUCAAUCAACAAAUCGCAUAUUUGAUGGCGACCAGUUUUCGCAUACACAACUUAGUAGCUGUGCUCGCCGGGGUUCAACCGACUCCGCUGGUCUCAUGGCUAGCCACCAAGCCUCGGGCUUUCCUAUUGGUGACGGAAGUGAUACGAUAAUCAAAAUGGUUUCAUUAAAUCAACGCUGGGAAACUGCGUCUCAA